AUGAGAUCGAAGAAGCGACCAGCCAAAAUGCGCUCUUUGGGAGAUGAUGCCGAUUGUAUCUCCGAGACGACUUCCAGAGUUGUUUCAAAUCCAACGCAGCAGAACGCAGAAAACGCAAGCGGCGCAGGCGUCCCAGUCGGCUACAGUCACACUAAAUCUGUGAAAAGAAGAUUAUUUCCAGCGAAGAAUGAAAAGCCCGGGUCAUCAGAGUCAACCGCAAAACGCAAAAAGGAUGAGAAUGUCAAAGAACCCGCUUUAGGCGUCGUCGAACCAGAUUUAAAACCUAAUCGCAAAAUUGGAGUGUCACAAGCAGACAUAUCGUCGAAGCUUUGUUCGAAAUGCUCCAUGGAGUUGCUCACAAGCAAGCAGUCGGCUGUUAAACAUACACUUGUUAUGCAGCAAAACAAGCUGAAGGAGGAUUGGCGGCUACACUCGAUUGAACGAUGCCAGUCUGGCAGUGCGAAAUCGGAAGAUCCGACGAAAAAGAAGAGGGGUAUGGAUACCAAAGAUCUCAAAGGUUUUUUGUACGGCUGGUUGGGAAAGCAGAAGAUUGGUGCACCCCAGUACACUGUCAAUCCCGUAACUCGCGGAGGAACACAACGCUUCAGGUGUGAGCUUCGCGUCCCCGGUCACUCUUACGUCGGACUUGGGAACUCGCUUAAUAAAAAGGAUGCAGCUACCAAUGCAGCCAUGGACUUUUGUAAUUAUCUCGUUCGCCAAGGGCUGCUGAAAGCUUCGGAUGUCCCCGCUCUAGAGGCUUCUUCACUGGAAGCAACGACCGCAACCCCAGGUACAGGUACCGAUUUUGGUGCCGACCGAGGCUCAUUCUUCAAAAACGAUGCAGCAAAUGGAAGUGGCAGCGCGGAACAGCAGCUUGGGGGAAACACGGUUCCGUGGAGCAGGGCUCCACCAACUGCUCAUGAUGCUUACGUGACGCAGAAAGCUGAAGAAAUUGCCCAGUCAGAAUCUGUCGAUCUGAAAGCCGAAAUUCACGGUGGAUGGACGAUGGACAAUAGCAAACAGGCACUCAAUGAGUUUCUGCAAAAGAUGCGUCAACCAAGCAUUGCCUACAAUACACAUCUCAGAGAAGCGAAUAAUUGCAGAACCUAUGUCGCCGAAGCGUCCGUAUUCGUGCCUCAGCUCCGUAGACAAAUUUCUGGAAGAGGGCAGGGGUCAUCAAAGAAAGUUGCUGAGUCGAUCUGUUCGAUGGGCAUUGUUCGGCAGCUAUUCCAUCUUGGGAUUCUCGCUGAGUUCAAGGGUGAACGAAAGAAGACUACAGCUGCAACACUUCCCGAAAUUCCCAUCAAUGUUCCCGACCACUUAGCUGAACGAGUGAAGGCUUUUGUGACAAGUUCUGGAGUCCAGCCAAUCACCCUUAAACCAGAGGAAAAGCCGACACCAGAAUUGCCUAAAUCCAUUCUUACCAACAUCAAGCUUGACGAAUUCCCCGAGUCUCAAGUAAUGCCAGCUGGAAACAUUUCUUGGGCACCCCCAAUGCAGAACUGGAACGCGUGGCGCGCUAGCAAUAUCGAUGAACCGCCACUGGCUUUUAUGUCCUUGCCCGAGAUUAGUGCAAAGUUGAAACAAAUGGAGGAAGCAAAACCGAGAAACUCUGUAAUGUCUAAAACUCGUGAUGAUUUGCCGGUUUCGCAGUUCAAAGACGAAAUUCUGCGCGUUGUGCGAGAAAAUCCUGUGACGCUGAUCAAAGGUGAAACUGGUUGCGGAAAGAGUACCCAGGUUGUGCAAUAUCUGCACGAAUCGUAUGUACGCUCGAAUCGAGGCGCAGAGUUCAACGCGUUUGUCUCUCAACCACGUCGCAUAUCAGCAAUCUCGCUUGCUGAAAGAGUUGCCGCUGAAAUGGGAGAAGAACUAGGAGAAUCAGUUGGUUAUGGUGUUAGAUUUGAUGGAGUUUCGCCUCGGCCCUAUGGAGCUAUCUUGUUUUGCACUGUUGGAGUGCUUCUGAGGAAAAUGGAAAGCGGGCUCCGCGGCAUUUCCCACAUAAUUAUUGACGAAAUUCAUGAAAGAGAUGUGAACACUGAUUUUAUCCUGAUAGUGCUGCGAGAAAUGCUGCGUGAGUAUCGCGAUCUUCGCGUAAUCUUGAUGUCUGCUACCAUCGACACCAAAAUGUUCAUCGACUUCUUUGGUGGCUGCCCAGUCAUAGAAAUGCAUGGUCGUACUUUCCCAGUGCAGCAUUUCUUCCUCGAGGACGUCAUCGAAAUGCUCAAGUAUAUGCCACCUGCAUUGGAAAAGAAGAAGAAGGAAGAUGCUGAUUUGGAAAUAGACGAGAAGGAGAGGAACUUAAAUAUCCUAACUGGUGAUGUAAAUCCAAAUCUGCAAAAGGCUAUGGCUAACAUUAGUGAGAAGGAAAUUCCCUUAGGGGUCAUCGAGGCUAUCUUGAUGGAUAUCGCUACGAGAGGAGAGCCUGGAGCUGUGCUGGUGUUUUUACCUGGUUGGAACGAAAUCAUGCUUGUCAUGAACUUUUUGACUUGUCACGCGGAGUUCUCGAAGUCAUCCAAAUACAUAAUCUUGCCACUUCAUUCUCAGUUAACUGGAGGUGAACAGCGCAAGGUUUUUGAUCAUUAUGGAGAUGAAAUGCGAAAGAUCAUCCUGGCCACAAAUAUCGCGGAGACAAGUAUCACCAUCGACGACGUCGUCUUUGUGAUUGAUUCAUGCAAAGCAAAGGAAAGAAUGUACACUUCCAACAAUAACAUGGUGCAUUUUGCCACUGUGUGGGCUUCUCGCACUAAUUUAGCUCAAAGGCGUGGUCGCGCUGGUCGUGUACGAGCAGGCUUUGCAUUCCAUCUAUGCAGUAAAGCUCGUUAUGAUGCACUUGACGAACAUCGUACUGCUGAAAUCCUUCGUACGCCGCUGCACGAAAUAGCGCUCACCAUCAAAUUGCUGAGGCUAGGUAGUGUCGGUGACUUUUUGGGUAAAGCACUGGAACCUCCUCCUUAUGAUAUGGUCGUGGAAAGUGAGGCUGUACUGCAAAACAUGGGAGCUCUUGACAAACAUCUGGAGCUAACAGAUCUUGGUCGCAUCCUUGCACGUUUACCUAUCGAACCAAUCCUCGGUAAAACAAUUGUGCUGGGUGUUUGCCUUGGUGUUGGAACACUUAUGUGCGAGAUUGCUGCAGCAUCUUCUUUCUCAACUCCGUUUGUCCCCCGCGAAAGGACGCAUACUCGUUUGAACUCAGCCCAGCGUUCUUACGCUGGCAACCGCUGGUCGGAUCAUAUCGCUUUGAUUGCUGUGAACCAAGCAUUUCAACAUGCAACCGAGAUGGGUACAAAUGCGGAACUAUCCCUGUGCAACCGGGUGUCCCUGAGCCAAACAAUUCUGAAAAUGAGCGCAGGAGCUAAGUAUCAGUUGAUUGAUGUUCUCACCAAUCAGUGCGGGUUUGCCGGCGAGUUAUUCAUGGAUGGUUCAUCCGCACCGGAAUGUGACUACGAUCUCUUACUAUCUCUUCUGAUCACCGCUUAUUAUCCAAAUAUCUGCUACUAUAGAGGGAAAAGAAAGGUGUAUACUCUGGAACAAGCGUCUGCGCUCAUCAGCAAGACAUCUGUUCUGACUCCAUUCCAAGGCGACAAUUUUGAGUUACCGUCACCUUUGAUUGUUUUCUCAGAAAAGCUUCGCACAAGAGUGAUCUCUUGUAAGCAGUUGUCUGUUAUUUCUGGAAUACAAUUGCUCAUGUUCGGUUGUAGAAAAGUUGAGUGUGUGGGAGAAGAUCUGAUCAGACUGGACGACAUGAUUACACUGAAAAUGAAUGUAGAAGUGGCAGCAUCUAUAGUGGCACUACGUCCUUGCAUCGAAGCCAUGCUUGUUAGAAGUUGCAUAAAUCCCGAGUCCCUCAUGACGGCCACCGAACAAGAUCGCGAACUUUGCACAAUCUUACGGGAGCUCUCAUCACCUGAGUUCUUUGCUGGUGGUGGGCCAAUGAAAGAUGCGUUGUUGACGGAUGCAGCUCUGGUUCAACCUAUCACUGCUGGAAGAGGGCGCGGUGGACCACGAUCAGGCCCUCGCGUUGAUCGUGGAGGACCUAGAGGUCGUGGAUGGAGAGGAGGUUCAUUUGGAGGACCGGGACCAAACGGAGGACCUGAUCGUGGCAACUUUGGCGGUCCAACUCCACUAUUCCAGGGUAGCCUCAUAAAAGCAGAGAUUGAUGAUGGUGGCUAUAACGGGUCUUCAAGCGAAAUGGAUUAUUCAGCAGGUGAUCGAGGUGACAAUGGCUGGCGUGGUGGUCGCGGUAAUCGCAGAGGAGGUGAUGGCUGGAGAGGAGCUGGAGCUCCAUGGCGAGGUUCCAACGGUUUCGAUCGAAGAGGAGGAGGAAGAGGUCAAUGGAAUGGUGGUGGUGGUGGCGGUCCCAUGAGAAAUUCUGGCUGGAGGGGUAAUAGGGAAGGUCGUGGUGGUUACGGUGGCGGAGGUAACGGUGAAAAUAUGUGUGCCGCAGAGAAGGAGAAGCCAUCGGCGCCGAAAGGCACAAAGGUAGUGUUACGAAGGCUCCCCCGUGACAUGACAGAAGCUGAGCUAAUGUCGAAAUUGGGGCAGAUUCCUCCUUCUAUCUACACGUACUUUGUACCAGCUGAUAAAGACAUGGAACCAUACGCGUUUUCUCGGUGUUACUUCACAUUUGUCAAGAAUUCUGAAGUGCUAGAAUUUAGUCGCAAAUGGAAUGGGUACCGAUUUACGGACUCCAAUGGCAACCACUCUAUAGCUAUGGUGGAGUUGACAGCAAAUGAUCGUAUUCCACGUAAGCCAAGAAGUGAUGUUGCUAAAGACCCAAAGUGUGGCACCAUAGAAAAUGAAGUCGAAUACAAGCAGUUUAUGCAUGAUUUGGAAGUGGAAUACGAAAUGGCGAGACUAUCACUUGAUGAGCAGUUGCUGCAUGCACAACAGCUCAGAUUGGAUGCUAAAGCAUCUGCUGUACAACCCACACCACUGACCCAGUACAUAAUUAAGGAAAUGGAAGCAAAAGCACUCCGUAAAGCGGAAAGACGUCGCGCAGGUCGAUCUGGCUUUGAUCGCUAUGAGGCUUCGAAUGCUGAGAGGAAAGGAGGUGUCCUUGAAAUCAAAAAUAGUUCACGUGGAUGGGGUCCUAGAUCUUCGCGGACAAGCGCUUUGGAUGAGAAGGGAAGAGGGGAGAGUGGUAGCAAGGAUACAGCAAAAGAUAAAGAAGCUAAAGACGAGGAGGAUCCUGCAGAUCAUUUGGCGAGACUAUUUGCGAAUGCUAAGAAAGUACCAGCUAAUGAAAUUAGAGAGAAAAAGGCACCUCCUGGAAAGUUCGACAAGCAGUCAUUGAGGCUGAGAAAAGAGCGUGUGAAAGCCAAACCAGAAAUUACAGGGGAUAAAGAGGAGGGAGGUGAAAAAGCAGAGGUGCAAAAGGGUCGUGAUGAUAGCGAAGUGAAGGGGACUAUGGGUCUUGAUGCCCCGUUGAAAAAGAUACCGCCACCAAAACGUGAUCCCGCCGAGAGACAGAGAAGGAGAGAAGGUCAAGCAUCUCGUCCGAUCAAAAAGCCAUCGGAGAGAUUACUGGCAGCACUAGGCGCAGCAACAGCAUCAAGCCGAAGUGGGACGGCCACAUCUUCGGCUGACUUCAAAUCAAAAAAGUAUUCGGAGAGAAAUAAACGUAAAGAUGAUGAGAAAUCCAGCAAGGAAGUGAAAGAACCAGCUUCUCCUACGAGCGCUAGCUGAGUGAGGUAUUCGGUCAGUGGAAGGGGAUGCGAAGACUGGAGCGUUGUCCAUUGUCUAGAAAGUCUUGCUUUUGAGCAGGCUGUAUAAGUUGCCUGGGGUUGGAUAUCCUUUUGGUCGACUUGGAUUUUUUUUUUGCUCGUUCAACCUUAUCAAGUAAUUUCUCAAUAUAUAAUGAGAACUUUUGGUCACAAACCUUGGCAUACGCAAUCCUAGGAUUUGUAAUUCUUGUUAUUUGUGCAGAAUUGUUGCUCAUGAUAGUCCUGGUUUGGUUUCUUCUAUGGAUGCGGAGGGUUUGCUGUGAUAAGUAUUGUGAUAUCUCGUCUUUGUUUGCCUGAUUAUAAAAAGAGCUGUGUUUGUUGAAGUACAUUGUAGGAGAUGUGAGUAAUGAACCGUUAAAUUGUGAUUGAUCCAAUUUCCUG